AUGGGGAAGAUAAGCGUCUUAGGCAAAAUCUCGCUUAUUUCUUUCAUUUUUCAGGCAAUAAUAAUUACCGUCUUGGAGGCCUUCGUCAUUUAUUUCCAUGUCAAUUUUGUCAGCCAAUAUCAGUUGGAUUCAGUUGGUGAUGGAAUAUCAGAGGCCGACUUAAUUUAUCAUUCAAUAUUUAUUCUUUCACUAUUCUUUCAAGUACUUUUAGUAGUUGAUGCUCUCUGGCAUCGUAAUUCUGUCCAAAUAGUAGCCCUUGUAGUAUUCAACCUUCUUACAUUAGCAUAUGUAGGAAUACAACUUUAUCAACACAAAAUUCUUGAAGAUCAAGGCACUCAGAAUGCAACUUAUACCCCGAUUAAUCCAAUUUUCCCUAAAGAUGAUAGGGAUGCUCCCAAAGUUCAUUAUGAAGCGUUGAUGAGACCACUCGAACAUACUAUAAUUGGCCUAAUAUCCGCUUUUUCUAUAUAUUUAGCUGUCAUGUCUUACUUGCUCACCAAAGAAUUUGGUUGGGAAAACUAUAAAAUUUAUUCCUCUGAUCCUCAAGUCCGCGAAAGAUUUAUGAGUCUUACGAUUUUACAGACACUGAUUAAAAUGGACGUAUUCUUUAUUGGAUCGUACGCCAUACAACUCAUACCCUCUAAACAAAUUGGUUAUUAUUCUUCUAUUGUGGAGAUUGCCCUUGUCUUUUUUUUUGGUACUCUCAUGUUGUUAAUAGCUUGGAUCUCUGUCAUUAUGGAAAAGAAAUAUCUUUUGUUAUCAGCGAUCAAUAUGUAUUCUAUAUCAUUGGUUUAUUGGGCUUUUCGAUUUACAACUAUUAACCUUCCUAAACAAAAUGGAUCUGAUCCGUACGAGUUUACUCGACGAUUCUUAACCUUUUUUUUAGUUAUAACUUUCAUUCUUGUAUUAAUUACUGUACAUUAUUCUAUCGUUUGCUUCCGAAAUAUGAUGCGUGGAUUUUAUGUACUUUCUGUAUAUGGACGAUCCGAAAAUGAGAAAAAAAAUAAUUUAGACAUCGACGAUUUAGAGGCUUCUUCCAAACGCAUAUCAAAGAAAGAAAAUGCGAUUAGGAUACACCAGAAACAAGCACAAGAAGAACAUGAAAAAGCAAUUUUAGAUUAA